AUGGUUUUGUUUAUGUGGGGUGAUGAUACCUGUGUAAAACGGACACUUGGUCAGUUGCGUCACUUGGUAGGUGAAGCGAUGCAUUUACGAGCCGAGCAGCGUAUGGAAUUUGUUUGGAUAACACAUUUUCCGUUGUUUUCACGUAACGCAGAAGGACGUCUAGAAAGUGCUCAUCAUCCUUUUACUGCUCCUAUACCUGAUGAUGUGCCACUGCUUUACGAACCAAACAAACUUCUGUCGAUUACCGGUCAGCAUUAUGAUUUGGUGUUAAAUGGUGUUGAACUUGGUGGUGGUUCAAUUCGAAUUCAUAAUGCGGAUGUUCAGCGACAUGUACUUUCUACGAUAUAUGGCGAAUCAUUAGAAGAAAUGGAACAUAUGAUAAAGGCAUUAUCAUAUGGUGCUCCACCUCAUGGUGGUUUUGCAAUUGGUCUUGAUCGAUAUGUAGCUUUAUUGUUUGGACGAGGAAAUUCAAGUGUACCAAUUCGAGAUGUGAUUGCUUUUCCGAAAAGUAAGGAAGGGAACGAUCUCAUGACUAGAUGUCCUGUUGAAGCUACUCCAUCACAACUAAGCAGGUAUGGCAUCUCUGUGCCUGUGCCUGUGACAAAUGAAGUAGGAGGUGAUGGAAUUAUUGAAGAAGAUGAUAAGAUUCAAUCACCAACACAUUAA